GAGAAAAGAAAGAAUUUCGGUUUUUCGUAAAAAUAAACUUGGUCGAUGGUGUGUGAUUCCGCCACGCUGCUUUAUUUUAACAAAAAAUAUUUGAGUCAAAACAAAUUCGUGCAUUAGAUAGAGCGCGAAAAACUGUUUUAGAAAGGUGACUUGACCUUCUUCAAAGAUUACAAGUGUGACAAAAAUAAAACUGCGGAGAAAUUUCGUGGCUGAAUCACGUGUUCAAAAUACCACGUUUACAAAUUCAGAUGACUCAGUCACCUGAGCACAGAAAUUAAUAUCUUUUACGUGAGAAAUAAGUUUAUCUGUUUUACUUUCCACCGGAGAUACAAAUAGAACGAAGAAACAACUAACUAUCGCUCCGAAUAAAAAUGAGAAAACACAUCGGUGCGCUGUUCUUUUACGGUUCAAGGAACUAUCUGUUUAGAAACCUUUUCCUCUAAAAGUGAGCGUGAAACGAAGAUGAAAAAAUGCACUUUUAUACAUUAUUGACUAUCCUCUAUAACAUACCAGUGCUACUUUGAGCCGACUUUGCACUUGAACUUUGACAUAAUAGUCUACCGUUACGAGGACUGGAAGAGUAUAUAAAACGAGGAAAAACAAGAAAAGAAUUGUAUAUAUAUACGUCUUAUUUGCAUAAAGCCUAAUAUUUGUCGUAAACAUUUCGUACCCAGUUAUCCAGCUGCGUCACCAUAUGUUACAUCGGUGGGUGGUACACAAUUAAUUCGUAGUGAUAGUCAUUGUCGAUAUAUUCCAGAGGAACCAAAUAUUUGUUUACAGGAAAUUGCUGCAUAUCGUUCAUUAUUAACUGGUUGCCGAGUGACAUCAGGUGGUGGAUUUUCAUCGUUCAGUGAAAUGCCAAAAUAUCAACGUAAAACCGUUCAGCAAUAUUUUAAACGUAGUAAAGUGUUACCACCAACAUCCUAUUAUAAUCAGUCGAAUAGAGCUUAUCCUGAUAUUAGUUUAUUGGCACAUAAUUAUAUUGUAAAACUAAAUGAAAAUGUUGAAAUACCAAUAGACGGUACAUCUGCUAGUAGUCCAACUAUUGCUGGUCUAUUUAGUUUAAUUAAUAAUCGUCGGUUA